AUGACUACGUUGACGGUCGCGGAUCUGAAAGAGAAGCUGAAGGAACGAGGUCUGCCGACAACCGGACCGAAGAGCGAACUGAUGAAGCGAUUACGCGAGGCAGGAGUCGACGCUGAGGAACUGGGUCUGACCGACGAGGUGCUGGACGACGAGUCGCAGAGGGAAGUAGGUGCCCAGAGCGUCGUUAUGGCGGUACAAGAGAACGAUCUCCUACGGAGGGAGAGGGACUUAGCCGCGCGAGAGGUCGAGCUCUUGAGGAGAGAACUCGAGCUGGUAAGGACAACGCAACCGCCAGGAGGGAACGUGCCUGUCCGAGCCUGUGUACGAAAAUGGCAGGAUCUGAAGGAUCUGAUUGGCGAGUACGACGGUGGCAAUUUAGAUUUCGACCGAUGGGAAAAGCAGGUGGAGAAAUUACUUUCUUCAUACGACCUGAGCGAGCAUCAAGCGAAAGCGCUGAUAUGUAGCAAGCUGUCCGGCAAGGCGCUUAGAUGGUUUCACUCGAGGAUCGAUUGCGUCGAACUAACAAUAAGCUGCGAAGACCUUCUCCAAGGAUUAAAACAAAUGUACGGACAACGAGUGGAUCCACUGAAAUUACGACGGAAGCUUGAGGCAAGAAUGUGGAACGCAGGCGAAUCCUUCGCGGAUUACCUCCACGAUAAGGUGAUCCUCGCGAACAGAGUACCAGUUGCUGAGGCUGAGUUAAUUAGCUACGUCAUCGAGGGCAUUCCAAGCCAGGAACUACGCACGCAAGCGCGGGUGCAAUGCUACCAGUCGACGGACGAGAUGCUGAUGGCGUUCGCGGAUGUCCCGUCGCCGAAGGGAGCCCCCCGUAAGCCAUCUACACCGACGCAGAAGAAGCCACAGGAUGGAGAGCAAAAGCCCGAGAAAGCAAGAACGGUCAAGUGCUACAACUGUAACGAGGCCGAUCACGUCGCGGCGAAAUGCACGAAGCCCAAGCGAGAACGAGGAUCUUGCUAUAGGUGCGGCAAAUUAGGACAUCGGGCAGCUCAGUGCGAGUCUGCCAACGAGGGCGUCAAGGAUUCCACCAAGGAAGGUGUUCACUGGGUAACGAGCGAGCAGAGGGAGGACAACGAUUUCCGGCGAAAAAUCGAACUGCAAGUGAAUGCUAAGGACGGUAAUGUUAGUAUUAAUCUCGACGCGUUGAUUGAUUCAGGUAGUCCUAUUUGGUUUGUCAGAAGGCAAUAUAUCCCGCAAGAACUUAUGAUUGUUAAUUCGGAAUCUGACCGAUUUGUCGGUAUAAACGGUAGCGGUUUGAGAGUAUUAGGUUGUGUGAAUGUGACGCUUAUCUAUGAUUAUGAGAAAUACGCGAUCUUGUUACGAGUCGUCCCCAACGAUACGAUGCAAAGCUCAGUUAUAUUAGGUCGCGAUUUUAUGAAGGAGGCAAGACUGUCGAUAGGUAACGAUCGAGAAGUGAACGAAAUUAUGAGUAUCGAUGUUGACCAAGAUUGUCUAGGAGUAUCGGCGCGUGAUAUGCAAGUAAACGAUAAUCUUCCGCUUGAGGUGAAGCAGCGAGCACGCGAAUUAUUAGAAAAACGGUAUCUCGACGCACCGAGGCCGUCGGAACCGGCGACCGAAAAUAUUAUGUCCCUUACCCUUACGAGUAACGAACCAUUUUACUGCAAGCCGCGUAAGCUCUCAUUUUACGAAAAAGGCAAAUUACGGGAAAUUUUAGAUGAAUUGAUUGCGAAAGGCAUUAUCAGGGAAAGCACAUCCGAGUAUGCUUCGCCCAUCGUGUUGACAAAGAAAAAGAAUGGUGAAACGAGAAUGUGUGUAGAUUUUCGGGCACUCAAUAAAAUUACUACUCGCGAUCACUUUCCGCUUCCGCUAAUCGAAGAUCAGUUGGAUCUGUUGGAGGGUAAAAGGUACUUUAUUACACUCGAUCUCAAAGACGGGUUUUUUCACAUAAAGAUGCACGAGGAGUCGAUUAAAUAUACCUCUUUUGUUACUCCUCUUGGGCAGUACGAGUACGUGAGAAUGCCAUUCGGUCUUAAGGGCGCUCCCCUUAAGUUUCAGCGAUGUGUUACUCAAGUUUUUAAGGAUCCGACUAAUGCCGGGGAUAUUUCCGUUUAUCUAGACGAUUUCCUCAUUGCGACUGAGACUAUCGAGCAUCAUUUUCAGAUAUUGCGAAAAGUUUUUGAGUUACUUGUAGCGAACCGAUUAGAGCUACGACUCGAUAAGUGCCGAUUUUUGCAGACGAAACUAGAUUAUCUAGGUUACACUAUUACUAGCCAGGGCAUUCGCCCGACUGACCAGGGUCUUGUGGCGGUCAAGAACUUCCCGAUUCCGCGAAACCUCCGGGAC